AUAUUAACUUUUCCACUUUAAUUGCACGGUAAUGCCUGAAUGUGAUUGUUUGAAAGUAUUUACUAAGUAAAUAGUUCAAAAUUUCAGAAAAAUGGCAUUCAAUUCCAUAUUAACAUGGAAGUUCUUGUGCAUAUGUAUGGUUGGAUUAAGUAUCUUGGCUCUGGUCUCGUUUCCCCCUCGUAAUCCUAUUCCAACAACUACAUUGAUAUUCGGCUCAGAUAGAAGCUCUAGAGUGAAAACUUUCGAUCUAACGAGUCGAAAUAAUGAAGUAUACCAAUGUCUACCACUUGUUCAGGCAGACAUGGCAAAAAUGUGCCUCUACAAUGAGUCGUAUAUAUCAUCAUUAUUGAGGAAUAAUAACAAACAUAUAUUUGAUAAGGAAAAUUUUGAUACUUUAUCAAAAUUGCUUCAAAGCAAUCCAGAUGCAGGAUUUAUUGACAUUGGAGCAAAUUUAGGUCUAUAUACCAUCUUUGUUUCUAAAUUAUAUCAGAGACGCGUAGUAGCUGUUGAACCAUUCCCUCCAGUAAUUAAAAGAUUUCAAAAGUCGCUUCAAAUAAAUGGGUUAACUGAUUAUGUAACACUUAUAACAAACCCUAUCAGCGACAGUCGAAAAACAAAAUUCUUCCACCUACAAAAGGGAAAUGUUGGCCAGAAUAAACUUGCGACUGCUUAUGAGAGAUCUAAUAAACCUAUGUUGAGAGUAGAGACCAUAGUUAUGGAUGAUAUAGUCAGAUUCAUACCAUUUAAAAGUGCUAUUAUGAAAAUUGAUGUAGAAGGUGAAGAGUCUAGAGCAUUUAGUGAAGCAAGUGAAUUGAUUACGAGAAUAGAUGUUGUGGCAAUUCUUAUGGAAUGGAGGCAUGUUAAGUUGAGACAAGAUGGAAAUAGUGUUCAACUCAUGUCAAAAUUCCUUUAUCUAAUGACAACGAAUGACUAUUUGCCUUAUUCAAUGACUCAACAACCAUUAUCAUACGGAUCAUGGGACAAAUGGCCAAUAGACGUUGUUUUCAAAAAGCGAUCAAUUUCAUUUUAAUAGUACUGACAAACUAAGUUAUCUUUAAUAAAUUCUAUAAACC